AUGGCAAACCACUUCCUCAACUCUUGCCAAGAAAACUACAUGGACAAGGAAUUUCAUAAUAGAGAUAUAGUGUUGGAGGAUGAGACCUUCGGGUUCGAAAGCACUCUAACUUCUACUGGGGACGAACAAGGAACUUCACUGACUAAGAUUGAACAUAAUGGCAUGAUUAAGUCAAAGCUGAAAGGGAGUUUAAUCAUUGAUGCAGUCAAACACGAAAAGAAAGUUCCAAGUUUCUUCAAACAACACAUAUUUGCAACAUGGAAUGUGAGAAGCAUGUAUGCUGGAAAACUAGACAUAAUUAAAAGUGAAAUGACAAGAAUAGGGAUAGAAGUGUUAGGAGUCAGUGAGCUUAAAUGGAUAGGAAUGGGACACUUUGAUUCAAAUGACUUUAGNAUCUAA